AUGAGCUUUGACUCCCAGCCUAGCCAUCGUUUCAGAAGCCCCAAUGAUGCCGCUGUGCAUUCCUAUGACCGCCAGAUGACCAACGGCUCCAGAGCAUCGAGAAGCUCGUCCGGCAUCAAUGGCGACGGCGCUGCCAACGGUAAUACUGCUGUCAAGAGGAUGAGCCACUACCGCGGCAAGCCCCCGGAUUUGCAGCACAUCCGCAAGAUCUACGAAACUGCACAUCGCUCUACUGGACCCUUGCAACCGGGGCUGCCUCAAAACAUGGCGCACUGGUCCAAUCGCAACCUCGAGUUCCUCGACAACCCCUACCCGGGGGCCAAGCCCCAUCGUGAAACCAACCCGUAA